AUGCUUAGAUUAGACAAGGAAGAGAAUUUCACUGGGGAUGCCAGCCUUUUAGCUCAGGAAAUUGAACCAGGAGGAGAGGUCCUUCACGAUAAUGAAUCUGCAGAAGCUCAACGAGAGAUCUCAUUCAAGCAAAAUGAAAAUUAUGAUGCAACACACAAAGACGAUGGAAUGACUGCUGUUGACAGCACUGAUUCGGGUUUGCAAUGUACAGCUUCUCUCUCUCAAGAGUUGGAAGUGCUUGUUGGAACCAAGGAAUGUACAAUGGAGAAAAAGACAGCAGUUGAAGAGGAGCAAGAGCUGCAGGAUGGCAAGCUUGAAUCUCACGAGUUAGAAUUACCGAUUGGAAAAAAUGAGAAGAUUAACCCGUCUUUUGACUCAGGCGAGGCCGUAGAGGACUUGUUUGCUCCUCCAGCUAGUGCUAAGCAAGCUGAAGAGGCAGAGGUUUCCCCUAUGUCUCCAACUGCUAGCCAGGUUUCUCUUGGAAGUGAAUUAAUGGUGGAAAAUGAUAGAAAGCUAAUUGAAGAGAACGACAAGUUGAGGGAGAUGGUGGAGAAGCUGAUUGAAGCUGGGAAACAACAGCUAACUGCCAUUUCCAAACUCUCAGGAAGAGUCGAAAACUUGGAGAAGAGACUAUCUAAGCAAAAGAAAUUGAAGAUGAGACGACACAAAGUUCCUUUAUCCAGGGCCAGGAUCGGCAAACAUGCGAGGAGUCCAGCCUAUUUACAGCUGGCCAAGGGAGCCGAAGACCACCCAUAA